AUGAUCGAGCCAUUCGCGUUUCCAGCGUCGGAUCCCGAAAACGCGAGGACCGGACAUGAGUUCCAUAUCUGCUUUGACCGUUGCGAGCCACGUCUUGAGUUGACCACCUCGGUGCUUCCUCCAACCAGUGGGUGCGUUUACGGACGAUCACCAGGCUGCCGCAGCACGUGGCCGAACCACCGGAGUCUUCUGUUAAACAGUUUCUUCCAGGCCCAGAAUGUUGCAUCUGGCGCGGAUAUACGAGUUGGGGAUCCGGUCGGAGAGGCGCAUGCGCAGGAUACGGCGAAGGCAAUCCAGUCAAAAGGUUUGUCCUCGAUACAAAAACAAGGCAAAUCUGCAAGUGACGAAGUCGAAGACAAUGACAAUGGUAACGACCACGUCGCAGAUGAGAAGUUGACGUUUUCGCAUGAUCAAAGUUUGUUGGAAGAAAGUCUAGAGAUCCAUACACACGUCGAGGAAUUGGGGAAGGUGAGCGACAAUAAAGAAAAAGCACUAAACGGCAGCGACGAAAAAGAAGUGCGAGAGGACGAGCCACAGAAACAGGGUGAUUCACAGCGGAGUAAUCGGCGUAAGAAAAGGAAAAGACGAAAGAAAAAAGCCCGGAAAAAAGACGCCGACCCUCCACAACUACCAGAGCAACAGAAAAUAACAAUGUCCACCGAGACGUGCACAAUGACCACGCGAGCCAAAAAGACAAUCCCUGCAACCCGUCCAUUUUCAUUGCCCUUGUCAUUCGCUUUACCGCUACCGAUCAGGGCGCUGUCCCUGUCACCGUUACGCGAUGGACCUGUCAAAGUGACAACACCAGAAGGCAUGCGCUCUCUGCACUCAAUGUCAACCUUGUCUGUUAUUAAUGAAAAUGAGAGUAUUGACGAGGAAUCGUCGACUUUCGACGAUGCCCCAAACGAAAUAGGUACCAAUUCAACAAACAAUAAUAAGAACAAUACAGAAACGCUUACAGUGCCUGAGCUGUCAACAUUAUCAGCCAUAUUGAACGCUAAUCGUGACAACAAUGGAAGACGAAAUCUCAACAACUGUAAUAACAUUAAUGAUAAUAAUAGUAAAAAUAGCAACGUGGAAAAGUACAAUGACAAUAAUAAUAAUAACAAGAAUAUACCUUGUAAAAUAAUCACCAGUGAUUACGAUGUUGAGAUUAAUAAUGUUGACUACAAACUUAGGGACGUCGCUUAUCAAUAUGGCGACAGUGGUGAUAGACAAUUGGAAUUCAGAAAUGAAUGCAGCAAUAAUAGCAGACUUGGUGGAAACUUUUCUGGCCUCUACAGGCUGAACAGCUUAGUUGACAGUCAUUUUAACGACAGAAGCGCGACUCCCGGUCUGGAAGGAGUUAAGGCUAUGGCGAAUCGACUGAACCUGGCCACCCGUCGUCCGAGCUAUCAACAAUGGCGUGAUCUUUACAUUGGAUCAAGCGGUGUACCUCGGUUUCCUGAUCUUAGUCGAGAGGAUCAAGCAGACGGGAAGCUAACCGAAGAACGAAAAGACAGGAUUAACAGCGCCCUCGAGUGGAUAAAAACUGAACUGGGUCAGAUGCGUGCAGUUGAUCACAAUUUGGCUACGCAGCUGCUUACUUUACGCAAUGACAUCCACCGACUGAAACUGGAGCGCAGUUGUGAGAAUCACCAAGACUUGCUGGAAGACGUCAAAGACGAACUGUCGGAGAGGGAGACUUUGUCGGCCGUCUGCGACAUACCUUACGAUAUGGCUGACGACAAUCCUCUCAAGCAUCUGGGUGUCACUCGCAUGAAUAUCUGUAGCAGACGAUUCUCGAUGUGUUGA